AUGAAGUAUAUAAUAUCACUGUCAUUGUUGAUGGCGGUCGCCAUCAUUUAUGUCCAUGGACAAGGAGUACCGAUAGCGAACUGUCCACCUGGCGAGCAUUCAGUUCUCUACUGUCCGCGAAUGGCAGAGCCGACUUGCGACAACCCUACGGUUCAUAAGUCACAAGUAAUGAAAGCAUGCGGCGUGCCUGACUGUUUUUGUAAUACACCUACAGUUCGUGAUACAAAGACUAAGAAAUGCGUCAAUGAGUUGGAUUGCUCACAAUGUACCAAACUUUUGUAG